CAGUCGCCGAGCGGACUACGAUCGCGUCAGGAUAGUGCAGUUUUGCGGGAACGCCCGUCGAACGUUGUUCGCGGUUAUUACGGGACGUCGUUCGCGCCUCGUACGCAUCCGCCUCUCCUCUUUUACGUUCUUUUUCUUUUUCCCUCUCUUUUCACCGUCUCACCGUCGCGACAUUAACUCGAUUACGCCGGUACAAUUGCCGUCGCUGUUACGAUUUGCGCGUGCCCACGUCGCCAGAUCGCCAUCCUUUCUCUCUCUGUCUCUUUCUCCCUGUGUGAAACGAGAACGGGACUCGCUUCAGCUUCGCGCGAUUAAUGAUAUAAAAGUUUUCGUCAUUUCAACAGAGACUGGAGGACAAGGAAGGAAAAGAGAAGAAGAAAGAGAGAGAGAGAGAGAGAGAGAGAGAGAGAGAGAGACGAGUGGAAUCGUGUUAACGCGCGCAUAUUGGUGAAGCCCUUGCACAACGUAUAUCGUGAGAAUUCUCCAUACUUGUUGCGUUAUUUAUGUGCCCUCUGUGCAUCCUCGGAAGCUACGCUUGGUAAUUGUACACGUGCAAAAGAUUCAUUCGAGAGAGAGAGAGAGAGAGAGAGAGAGAGAGAGAGAGAAGUAAUUAACGUUGUACGUGCAAUACUAAAUGAAUCAGCGGAGGAGUAAUUUGGAAUUUUCCAAUCGGCGUAGAGACGACACGAUCUAGGCGGGUCUGGAGCAAUGUUGCGUUGCGAUGGGAAUAGCAGGAGGUUCGAAAGGCGCUUCGAUAAUAAUGCCGAGUGUACGUCGCUACGACGCUGAAGCUUCUCUUGGCCGGUAGGUAACUCCGGUACGAGCGCGAGUGCCAUCGGUGUAAAUAUUGAACAAGUGACGUAAUUAGUUGCGCGAGGCAUGAUAAUAAGCGGGGACGUUACUCGUCGGCGCGCCUCGCGAUCAGAUAAACCGCACGAAAUUGUUCCCCGUUUCGAGGUCGACGCACCGUAUCUACCGCGGUGGAGUCUGAUAAAAGAUACAGUUCGGAUCCGUCGUCGUCGUUGGACGGUCCCGGCGCGAGUUCCCACUGGCGGAAAACGAUCGGGAAAACGAUGGAGGCGGAACAUAGAGUGGAGCAGUUGAGGAAGGCGACGGACAGAAUACAGAGGGAGAUCGAAGAGGUCACCGAGAGGGAACACGAACUGCGGAACGUGGGUAGCAUUAAGACCACGUCCCACGAAACGGUGGACUCCAAGGUGCGACGCAUGCCGCAAGCCUUAGCUUCCGGCAAGCUGAAGAGGACAACGUCCACGCCGCAGAUUCUGGAAGCGGUGAGCUUGAACUCGCUGUCGUCGAACCUGACGCCAAAGAUGACGAACGGAGUGAUAUCUACGCGCACAACGCCGACGCCGUUACGUUUCGCCAGCGCACCAAGCCAGAAGGGCCUGAUGCACAGGUUCCUGGCUACGCGGGGCAAGAUCUACAAUAAGAACAAGUCGGGCACCAACGACAUCCUGAAUCCGCCCAUAACGCCCACCAUCACGCUCAAUCCUCUGAGUAUCAAGGCCUUCAACCGAACGUUGGAGAUACAACUGGAGCCGGACGACGAGCCGAAGAAGCCACCGGCGAGAAAGGGAUACGUGCCGGUCGAGCAGAAGAUCCAGAAGGAGCUGCAUGAUAUGAGAGAACGCGAGAACGAGCUAAGACUGAUGAGAUCGCAGAUGUUGGCAAAGUCUCAGCCGAAUUUGCUCGAUAUAGGAAACGAUAACGAUUCCGACAUUUACGACGGCUCCAGUUCGCUCAGAAGCGGUGCUUCCACCAACACCUUGAACGAGGACGAGGUUGAGAGAGAGCACAAAGGGAAACACAAGCCCAACCCACGACGUCGCAGCACGCUCAUCGCACAAUGGGAGAAUCUGAUAGCCGCCAAGAAAGAAUCCGUCGAGAACAACGAGAGCGACAGUUACUUCUGAAAGUUUCACCCAGCUC